GCGCUGUCAUGCGCAGAAUGACGUAAAACGUGAGAGUAGAAAUUCUGUCGAUUUUCCUCUGAAAUUCUACAAAUCAUUCGUAAAAUCAGGGAAAACAACAAUUUCGCGGGCUGUUUUUGACAGCGAAUGGAUCACACGAUAAUUCUCAUCGAUUUCUGAUCAUAACGGGUGACGAAUUAAUAAUUUGAGCAAAACGUCUUGGAGAUGGCGAAUCUGAUGCGUCUGGGUGCAGCGAAAUUCCUGAGAGGAUUGACAAGAGCAUCAUCUCCAAAGGAGUUAGUGAAAAGAUCCAUAAACACAUCAUCGAAGCCACCGCAGGCGAGUCACACCCCAGCUGCAACCUGCGAUGAGCCACUGCCACAGCAAUCGAACAAUUGGAUAAGCUGGGGCUUCAGCGAGGACGACGAAACCCUAGACAGAUUCGGUGCUCACCUGACAUUCUUCACAUCAGUGUCACUCUGCCUGAUCCUCGGUGGAACAAUUCUCGCCUACACCCCGGACCCAAAGCUCCGUGAAUGGGCCCAACGCGAGGGAUAUCUCCAACUCCGUUACAGAGAGGAGAACGGAUUGCCCCUGAUAUCUCGAAAUUACAUCGAUCCAUCUAAAAUCUACAUCCCCAGUGACGAGGAACUCGGCGAUACUGAAAUCAUCAUCUAAAGGGAAUCCCAAUUGUUAUUAGUUUAUUUAUAAAAUGGUAACAUUUUGUGAUCGUCGACUGGAUGACGUGUAAUAAAUUCUAGAAAUAAUUAUUCUCUGACUGAUUUUUUUUUGGCAAUUACUCAGAGAAUAAUUCAACAACAAAUUCGGGGAUUAGUUUAUCGAGGAUAAUUGUUAUUAUUAAAGAGAGGAUUUAUGAAUAAUGCCAUUGUUUAUUGGAGACAAUGAUCAUGUAAUAAAUUCUUUCUGUCGCGUA